AUGUCGAACCCCUCUUCGGCUCAUGCCGGGUCGCAUAGGGCUGGCGAUCCUGCGAGCGGCGCCGGCUACGGAGACGCAUCGGCCCAGCUGGCUCGACUGACCGACGACGUCGGCAGGCUCGGGCUCCAUACGUCGCAGACGAUGCCCACCGGCCUGAGCAUGCACAGCUCGGGAUCCUCUUCGCUGGCGCAGUCGCCCACGGCGAGGUCCUAUGCCACCUACGACGCUGCGAUGGCCGCUGCCCGCAAAGCCUCGGCGAUGCCGGCAAAGCACGCCGGCCCGGUGUUUUACGAAAGCUCGGUAUCGAGCCCGGUGGACGGAGAAUCGUCUUCAGACCUUCCCGUCUCUGCUUCAUUCGGCGGGCCCGGCGACACGGCGGGAGGCACGUUCCGACGGCACGCCAGCCACCACCACGGCGGCUCCACGCUCGCGCACAAGGACUCCUUCGGCGGGCUCCAUGGGAUCCAGCGCUCAUCACCCAUCGGCGGAUACUCGAAAGACGCCGCCAACACCUCGGGUGGCACCUCGGCUUCGGGCGGUUGGCGAGGGCUGGAGACACCUGCCGCGGACGACUCGCGGCAACAGCUGUACGGCAGGUCCCGCCAGGCGUCGACGACCAUGGUCGAAGAUUCACCACCUCGGCGUCCCGACACGGCGUCGACUUUUGCGGGCCAUGGGACGUUCAGGGCAGAUGCACACAGCGAUGGACCUGGCACCUCCUCGACUUCGUCAGGCGCGGAGCCGGUUGAGGUCAUGGGCAGCGUCGGCGGUCGGAGCUCCGCGCCGAGAAGCAGCGGCGGCAGCAACGGCGGCAGCAAUGGCAGCCGGAGCGCAGGGACGUCGAGCGGCCGUCACACGAGUGGCAGGGCCUCUUCUCUUUCUGCGGCGGCGGCGGCCGCAGCAGCAGCGGCACCGUCGUCUAGCACUGCCACGACAGUCAGCGGUGGUGCUGGCAACGCGAGCGAAUCAAGUGCGCCCGGGAGCACGAUGGCCGAGAGACCCGAGCAGCAGCAGGCCUCGUCCGGAAACGGUCCGGGCAUUGAUUCGCUCAAUCGCGCCAUCUCGCGCUCCCAGUCGCUGGCGGCCGAGAUCGGCUCGGGCUCGUCCGCGACCGGGGUCUCGGCCCGAGGGCGCGACAGCCUCAGCCUGCCUAUAUCGGCGCUCGAUGCGGCCGCACACGCUCAGGCCUCCAACGGCACCAGCCCGACCAGCGCCCUGCCGCUCUCCCCCAUCUCCCAGGUCAGCCGGGCGUCGGAAUCGCUGCGGCCGCCGUCGUCCAAGGCCUCUGCAGGCGACGAGGAGUCGUCUCGGGCCAGCCCGUCGCCCGCAGCGGCUGUGAGCGCGGUCGCAGGCCCGCAAGAACACCGCGAAGCUCGGUCAGCGCGUGCCGCUGGAGCCCCCGCGCAGUCCUCGGCGGCACGGUCGGAGACGGCUCCUCCUGCCCGGCCAAGCCGCGCGGAACCAAUGGCGCGCUCCGGCAGCCGCAAUGCUGCGGUGCUUUCCGAGACCAAGGCGCCGUCAGCGACAACUUCGCGGGACCGGCCCAGCCGCAACGAUCGGGAUCGAGCCGCUGCGGGCGGGGCCUCGACAUCGGGCUCGGCUCGCCAUGGCUCGAGCACCGGCGGGACCCACCAUUCCUCACGCACCGACGCCUCGCGGGGCGCCAAGUCGGCCUCGAGGACGCUACCCCAGCUGCCGUCGGCGCCCACCGUGAAGCCGGCGCCGCCGCCGGCCAUGUACUGGUCCAAGGCGCCCGUCCACGGCAGCGUGCCGCGGCGGAGCUUCCGGGCGCACACGGCCAACCUCUGCGACGAGGUGCUCUGGCUGUUUGGCGGCUGCGACAACAAGGGCUGCUUCCGCGACCUGUGGUGCUUCGACACCGAGACCAUGUGCUGGUCCAAGCCCAAGGUGACGGGCGAGGUGCCCCCGGCCCGCCGCGCACACAGCGCCACCAUGGUCAACCAGCGACUCUUUGUCUUUGCCGGCGGCGACGGUCCCAACUACUUCAACGACCUCUACGUGUUUGACACCGUCUCGCUGCGCUGGUCAAAGCCCGAGAUUGGCGGCACGCCACCCAGCCCGCGCCGCGCCCACACCUGCAACUACCACGAGGGCCAGCUGAUCGUCUUUGGCGGCGGCAACGGCGUCGGCGCGCUCAACGACGUCCACGCGCUCGACGUCCACGACCUCUCGAAGCUCGAGUGGCGCAGGCUCGAGUGCAAGGGCAAGAUCCCCAUCGGCCGCGGCUACCACACAACCAACCUCGUCGACGGCAAGCUGAUCGUCAUUGGCGGCAGCGACGGCCACAUGUCGUUCAACGACAUCCACAUCCUCCGCCUCGACACGCGCACCUGGUACCAGGUCAAGACCGACGAGAUCCACAACCGCCUCGGCCACACGGCCACCCAGGUGGGCAGCUACCUCUUCGUCUUUGGCGGCCACGACAGCAAGACGUACACCGACGAGCUGCUCACGCUCAACCUGGUCAACCUGCAGUGGGAGCCGCGCAGGGUGUGCGGAGCCAAGCCGCCGGGGCGCGGCUACCACCAGGCCUGGCUGCGCGACUCGAGGCUCUUUGUCCACGGCGGCUUCGACGGCAAGGACAUCUUCGACGACCUCUACUAUCUCGACCUCGCCGCGUGCGCCUACCUGCCCCAGAUUACCAGCUUCACCGUCGAGCUCGACGACGAGUGA